GGCCGCAACACCGAAAUUCGCGAUCCGGCAAGCCAGAGCGAACUUGUGCGUUUCGGACGAUUCCUCGACAACCCCGACCCUUCGACAACUAAUUUCCUCCCACCGACCUCCCGGAGUUUGUCGACCGAAGCCUUCGCCAUGGCCGAUAUCGAUGUCAAGAUUGCUCAAUGGAAGCUCGUUGAGGUUGGCCGCGUGGUCCUGAUCCGCCGCGGUCCCUUCACCGGCAAGCUGGCCGCCAUCGUUGAGAUUGUCGACCACAAGCGUGUUCUGGUUGACGGUCCUUCCACCGAGGAGAACAAGAUCGUGCCCCGUCACGUCCUCCCUCUCUCCGCCGCCACCCUCACCCACUUCGUCAUUCCCCAGCUGCCCCGUGCCGCCGGUACUGGCCCCGUCCGCAAGCUUUGGCAGAAGAACGAGAUCGAUGGCAAGUGGGCCAAGAGCAACUUCGCCCAGAAGACCCAGAGCGCCGAGCGACGGAAGAACCUUAACGACUUCGAGCGCUUCAAGGUCCUCAGACUCAGGAAGCAGGCUCGCUUCGAGGUCCAGAAGGCUCACGCCAAGCUCCGGGCGGCUGCUCCUAAGUCAUAGAUGGUUUAUUAUGAGGCUCGGUGCAUAGUGUGAUGGGGUGCCUUGGGACGGUUAAAUCUUGCUGAGGGUUUAUUUUAUUUUUCAGCAAAAAAAAGACGCUGUACGCUUUUAUCAUUGACAGCUUAAAAUGAUUCGAGAACCUUGAUACCUUCACGGGUUACGCUCGUACGUCACAAUAGACGGCACCUGUUUUCAGGCCAGUGUAUGACUCUGGAAUAUUUAUCUAAUAUCGAUCUUGAUAUUGAAAUGACCGGUCCACUCACUACCUCCGUUGGAAUUGGGGAAUGACCAAAAUAAGCUGUAAUCUUUGAUAUGCUCUGGGUCCAUAUUUUAUGACCAUUACUCCUUACGCACCACC